AUGCUGCAGAAGGGAAACAAUGCUACCAGUAUGGCAGGAUUUGGAUCUCAGGAUUUGUAUGGUGCAUUUGGACAAGGUUGUAAAAAAUUUUCAACCUGCUCUCAGGAAUAUUAUCGACCGAAGUCACCUCAGACCAACAUCGUUACUCAAGAACAAGCAUUUCUAGCCUCGAAAGCACAACCAUAUUCUUGUCCCCUCACCCUAUGUACUGAUAUUGAACGGAACCAGGCAGUUACUUGUAAUUGCUACGUGGUUCGAAUGAAUGAAUGAAAAGAAACACCCUCCCUCCCCUCCUCCCUUCAUUCCCCGCGGCGGUCCCGGUGGUAUGGGUGGUGGUAUGUUUAAUGGUAAAAAGGGAAGUGGAGGCAUGAAUGGUUACAGUGGUACGCAGAAGGGUCCUCGACCGGGAAGAAACCCACAUCCGAAUCAUCCGGGAAAGAUUUUCGUCGGAAAUCUGCCCACCGAUAUUACCAAAGAAGUGCUUAGACAGGUAUUACCAAGGAAGUAGUCAGUAGGAAGGAGGCCUCAAUUAUGUUCUCUGAUUUAGCAACGUCUCAUUCUCAACACCGGCCAACCACCAACAUUUUGAAUAAUAUUAUGUUAUAUGAAUAGGUCUUCUCCACCUACGGUGUUGUAACGGAUGUUCACGUAAUGGUUGGCAAAUCUGACAGCGGACAAGCAUGUGCCUUCGUGGAGUACCAGCAGCAGAUUGAAGCACAAACUGCGAUUAACACGUUGAACAACAACUACGAAAUCAGAGAGGGAUGCGGAAAAAUUGUUUUAUGUGGUUCCGGACUUGAAGUUCGCCAAAGACAACAUUAGUUUUAUCGUGAAUCUUCCGACUUUGGUCCUGAUGACAACAUGAUUAGUUUGCUUUCUUCGUAAUCGAGAUGGUAUUUUUCAAUUUAGUUUUGCCAGUCCUGCUCUCGUUGCUGUAGAAGUUCUACUCGUUUGUGGAAUCUUGUCACAUCGAUUCAUCCUGCCGAUAGGUGCUAUAGGCUUACCAGGGAUGCACAGAAUAGCCCCCCCUCUACCCAAUGCACCACAAUUAAAUACUGGAACAUCACCUCGUGCUAGGUAAAUGAAUGAAUGAAUGAAUGAAUGAUCAACACGCUGAACAUGAUAAGUACCUUCUCCCCCUUUCCCCAUGCUCUAAUCUCCUGUCGUUUCUACGAGAAACCGGACUCUGGUCGCCCGGGUGGCUUGAAGGGCGAAACAAGUUCGACCUUUCAUAGUGGUUCCACUUACAAAGGCGGGUAUGGCCAAGGAAGCCAAACCACAUCGUAUUAUGGCCAAGGCGGAAAGAAGGGAUCCGGAAAGGGACGAUACAGUAUUCAUACUGAAUACGGUUCAGGACGAUUUCAUAGGAUUUUCAAUGUUUGCAGUUGGCCAGAGACGAAUUCUACUUCUUGUCGUCGAUUAAGACAGAAAGAGACUACUUGGAGACUACUAAUUUCUUAACUGAUGUAGUCCUCUCAUGAUCAUCAACCUUCUUCUUUACUACCCUUGUUAGGCACAUACCUCUUGUUAGGCACAUUCAUUCAUUCAUCACCAACCUUCCAUUCUCUCCGAAUUCUUACAACGUAUGACAGGUUCCGAUCACUCAAGCGGUUAUGGCAACCGCUACAGGCAGGAGGAUUCGUAUUCUAAGGACAAGAACAACAAUCUGAAUGCCGAACCGCAGAAGAGUCCCAUGAUUCAGCAACAGCAUGCCGCAUUCUUAUCAGCGAGCCCGAACAAAGACAAACCGAAUGGUAUCUAUAAGAUCUAGUAGUUGUAGACUUCUGGUUAUGUAUGAUGUUGAGAUGGAAGACAAACCAAAUGAUGUUGAUGGUACUGGAAGUAUACUUCUGCUGUUGUACUAGUGGAGGUAUGUUGAGUAGAUCAAAUAAAGAAGAUAGAGAUACUCUACUUUUUAUCUAUGAAAAAAAUGCUUCCAACUAAUUCAAAAGGUCCCCAAGAGAGUGCGAAUCUGUCGACUCCGCAGAAUGAUGAGCGUGCCGACAGAGGCUUCCGCAAGACGAGUCCGGCUCAGAAGGUCGCCACUAAAAGUACCACAGGUUCCCCGGGUGAGGAAGGUAAUAUUUGAGGUAUAUCAAUGUCCUUUUUGUUUCAUUGGCUAGAGACCGUCUCCAAGGUUGUAGUUAAUUUGGCUUGUAAGAACAAUCAGUAUCGAUGUAAUUAUCCUAUUUCUCAAUACAGGUGCUUCCACAGAGAGCCCUUCACAGGUCGCUUUAGUGGCUUGA